AAUAACAUGUACUCUGUGGUGGACUUUGAACCGGCAGGCAGAUGGGUGUGGAGACGGGUAAGGUAAUCCAUUGGUAUUCCAGGAAGAGAGAUCUCUGACUACAGACAUGGCUAAAUUCCUGUCAGGAACUCAGAUCAACGAGUUCAAGGAAUGUUUCUCCUUGUACGACAAGAAGCGCAAGGGGAAGAUUGAAGCCAAGGACCUGAUCACAGUUAUGCGCUGUCUGGGGACGAGUCCCACCUUCGGUGAGAUCGACCGACACCUGCAGGUCCACAAGAUAGAAAAGAAGGGUGAGCUAGACUUCUCCACCUUCCUGACCAUGAUGCACCGGCAGAUCCAGCAGGAGGACCCCAAGGCGGAGAUCCUGGAGGCCAUGAGGAUGACGGACAAGCAGAAGAAGGGCUACAUCCUGGCCUCGGAGCUCCGGGCCAAGCUCACCAAGCUAGGAGAGAAGCUGACUGAUAAAGAAGUGGACGAGCUGUUCAGAGAAGCCAACGUGAAGUCUAAUGGCAACGUGCACUACGAGGAGUUCACCAGGAUGGUGACACUACCGUCAGUGGAUUACUGAGGGACAGGAGGAGAUGACGUCCUUUAUGACAGGGAAGCAUGGUCACAGCAUGGUACAUCUUAAAAGCACCAUGAUACACUGUGUCCAGAGUUCAGGUACUUGCUAAGGCCUGCAUAUAGGCACUAUAAUCUAGCACCGAUAACAAAGUGCUUUGAACAAGAUCCUUUCUGACUAACAUUGAAAAACAAGUUUUGUUCCUAAAAGAAAAACCCAAUUUCAACUUCAGUUCUCUGGUGAAGUUAUCAAUGUGCUGUUUAAAAUUCAGCUUUUCUUCUAACCAAUUCCCAAGAUACUUAUAGGUUAUCAGUUUCCUGACUUUUUAGAGUUGAAAUGUGCAAGUGACUCCAUGUGUUUCCUUUCAAAGAGAAAACCAUUUCCUUGCACAAGUUUAAAUUCAAACCGCAUCAAAAGCCAACUGUAAAUCCUGAAAAGCCUUCAAGAUGUACAAGAAUAAAUAAUUAUGUCAUCAGCA